CGCUCAGCCAAUUUUGGUCUCUUUCUUUCCGGUUGUCAAAAGUGCAGUGCAUCCUAUACCGCUAAACAAUGGCCGACGUUGAUGUUGAUGUUCCCUCCGCUGCCCCUGUGCUCGAUGGCGCCAUGGACAUUAACACCGCCCUGCAGGAGGUCCUGAAGAAGUCCCUGAUCGCCGAUGGACUCGUCCAUGGCAUCCACCAGGCCUGCAAGGCCCUGGACAAGCGUCAGGCUGUUCUGUGCAUCCUGGCCGAGUCCUUCGACGAGCCCAACUACAAGAAGCUGGUCACCGCUCUGUGCAACGAGCACCAGAUCCCCCUGAUCCGCGUGGACUCGCACAAGAAGCUGGGCGAAUGGUCCGGUCUGUGCAAGAUCGACAAGGAGGGCAAGCCCCGCAAGGUGUGCGGCUGCUCCGUGGUCGUGAUCAAGGAUUUCGGUGAGGAGACACCCGCUUUGGACGUGGUUAAGGACCAUCUCAGACAGAACAGCUAAACUGCUGUAACCUGUCUGUUGAAUGAGAGACUACGUGAAAGUUUUUUUUAAGCUAUUCGCUAAUUGAAAAUAAACGUAAUGCACCUGAAUCCAGAUGAAAAUAAAAGAAAGUUGACCUUUUUA